AAAAUCCCAAUAAAUGUAUAUUAAUUGGUUAUGUGAAAGUUAUAGCAUCUACAAUUGGCGGUAUAUAUACUCAUAUUUUUUUUUUGUUUUUAGAGGCGGUUAUCAGCGACUUAUAGCGGGACUGCGGUGGGCAUUCUGACACUGGGUGGGAACUGACUAACGGCCACUGGCAUCCCCACUGACACUAAUACAGUGAUCAGUGUAUUAAAAAGCACUGACACUGUACUAAUGACACUGGGCAGGAAGGGGCUAACAUCUGGGGC